AUGCUGCUGCGGCAGUCAGUUCGCGUGUCCACUCGCUCUCCAGCACUAUCAGCAUUCAGGAACAAUAGGAACAUAAGAAGUGCAGGCUCUUUCUUGUCUGUGCGCCUAUCCUGUAGCAAUGGAGGACCCCAAGAGAUUCCGAAGCGCCCUCUCCCCACAACCUCAACCAAGCUUCGCAGCGCCCUGAACUGGAAGCUAGGGCCCACAUUGUUCUCCCGAACCGUGACCACAAAACCUCUACCACAGCCCAGAUCGCGAUUCCUACGCCUUAUCUACCGGACUGCCGCAGCUUUCGGAUUCUUCGUGGCGAUCAGUGGUGGAUUGGUUGUGGCCUUCUUCAUCUACGACGCCACCACAUAUAAGGAAGACCCAGGGGCAGAAGACAUUCCCGUCUCGGAGUAUGCCCUCCAUCCAAGAAGAGGGGGGCCCAAGAACCUCCCUAUUGCUGAGCAUUUCGUGGAUGACGACGACUGCCCGGAGAUGAUAGGCCAGAAACACAAGCCAAAGUUGGUUAUACUCGGGACUGGCUGGGGAAGUGUGGCGCUUUUAAAGACGCUGAACCCCAACGACUACCAUGUUGUUGUAGUUUCGCCAUCAAAUCACUUCCUCUUUACGCCUAUGUUGCCAUCUGCUACAGUGGGCACAUUAGAACUUCGGUCUCUAGUAGAGCCAAUCAGGAGGAUAGUGCGCAAAGUCCACGGCCACUUCUUGAAAGCAAUGGCCGAAGAUGUGGACAUCUCUGCAAAGUUGGUUGAAGUUUCUGCUAUUGCCGCGGACGGAACGAAGCAACAUUUCUAUCUACCCUACGACAAACUCAUCAUUGGAGUUGGCUCCGUUACCAACCCGCACGGUGUAAAAGGCCUUGAACACUGCCACUUUCUCAAAGACAUCAGCGAUGCCCGGCUUAUACGAAACGCCGUAGUCCGUAACCUUGAGAGCGCGUGUCUUCCCACAACUUCUGACGAAGAACGACGACGUUUGCUGUCAUUUGUAGUAUGUGGUGGAGGGCCGACGGGUGUAGAGUUCGCCGCGGAACUCUUUGACAUGCUGAACGAGGACUUGUCGCGUUACUUCCCCAAGAUUCUUCGCAACGAAAUAUCAGUGCACGUAAUCCAAAGCCGAGGCCAUAUUCUCAACACUUACGAUGAAGCUCUAUCCGAAUACGCCGAAAAGCAUUUCGCUCACGAUGAAGUCGAUAUUCUUACUAAUGCGCGCGUCAAAGAGGUACAAGAAAAGAAGAUUCUGUUCUCGCAAAAGGACGAGGAAGGCAAGGUCGUCACGAAGGAAAUACCGAUGGGAUUCUGCCUUUGGUCAACUGGAGUGUCCCAAACCGACUUCUGCCAACGCCUGGCCGCGCAGUUGGAAGGUCAAAACAACAAGCAUGCCCUUGAGACCGAUACCCAUCUCCGUCUAGCCGGGACGCCCCUUGGCGACGUCUAUGCCAUUGGUGAUUGCAGCACCGUGCAGAACAAUAUUUCCGACCACAUCGUGACGUUCCUACGCACGUUGGCCUGGGAGAAAGGCAAGGAUCCCGAAGCCAUGCACCUUACAUACAACGACUGGCGCGGUGUGGCUAAGCGCGUUAAGUCACGAUUCCCACAAGCUGCAGACCAUCUACGACGUCUCGACAGACUCUUCGCAUCGUACGACAAAGACCAGAGCGGUACGCUUGAUUUCGGCGAGCUCCGCGAACUUCUCAUGCAAAUUGAUUCCAAGCUCACGUCUCUCCCUGCAACGGCUCAACGCGCCCACCAGCAGGGUCAGUAUCUUGGCAAGAAGUUUAGCAAACUAGCGCAAGCUGCGCCAGGCAUGAAGCUGAAUGAAAUGAAUUAUGGCGACUUGGACGAUGCAGUUUACAAGGCCUUUGAGUACAAGCACCUCGGUAGCUUGGCAUAUGUUGGAAAUGCUGCCGUUUUCGAUACCGGUUUCAAAGGAUUCAACUUCGGCGGUGGGCUUAUUGCCGUGUACCUAUGGCGAAGUGUGUACUUUGCGCAGAGCGUUAGUUUCAGGACGAGGAUAUUGUUGGCAAUGGACUGGACGAAGCGGGCGCUUUUUGGUAGAGAUUUGAUGAACUUCUGA